AAAAACAACUUUGUACCUUUAAUUUAAUGCAAUAAUAUGUGCAAUUUGAAGCAUGCCGAUACAGGCGCCCUCAUGGACAGACUUUCUCAACUGUCCCAUCUGCUGCAAUGAAUUUGCAGCCAGCCAGCGUGUACCCAUUAGCCUCGGUUGCGGUCACACCAUAUGCAAGCUCUGCCUGACGACACUCUAUAAUCGACAAUGUCCCUUCGAUCAGACGGUAAUUGUCACCGAUAUCGACAGUUUGCCUAUAAACUAUGCGCUGCUGCAGCUGGUGGGCAAUGGCAGUGGGGCUGCUGCUACUGCGGUGGCGACGGAGCUGGCACCCAGCGUACUCAAACUGCCAGCGGAGGAUUUGAAAUGCUAUAAACAUGGCAAGCAAUGCAUUGAGGAGCUAGCGCUGCAUUUAAAAUCCUUUCUCAAUCAGAACAGCAGCAAUUUGCUCACACGUCCUAUGCAACGCAAGCUGGUGACGCUGAUCAAUUGCCAGUUGAUGGAGAAGGAGGGACGCGUGCGUGCUUUGCGUGCAGCGCGCUCCUUGGGUGAACGCACUGUGACUGAGCUUAUACUACAGCAUCAGAAUCCACAGCAGCUGAGCUCGAAUCUCUGGGCAGCAGUACGCACGCGCGGCUGUCAGUUCCUGGGACCUGCGAUGCAGGAGCAAGUGCUGCAGUUGGUGUUGCUGGCGUUGGAGGAAGGUUCGGCCUUGUCGCGCAAGGUGUUGGUUAUGUUUGUGGUGCAGCGUUUGGAGCCAACAUUUCCGCAGGCGUCCAAGACCAGCAUAGGACAUGUGGUGCAGCUGCUUUAUCGUGCCAGCUGCUUCAAGGUGUCCAAACGCGAGGCAGACUCAUCGCUUAUGCAGCUCAAGGAGGAAUUUCGCACCUACGAUGCGCUGAGGCGUGAACACGAUGCGCAAAUAGUGCAGAUUGCCACGGAGGCAGGACUACGCAUAGCGCCAGAACAGUGGUCCUCAUUGCUGUAUGGCGACAUACAACACAAGUCGCAUAUGCAGAGCAUCAUAGACAAGCUGCAGACGCCCUCAAGCUUCAAGCAAUCCGUGCAGGAGCUGCUCAUAGCCUUGCAGCGCACGCCCGAUACGGCCAAACUGACGCUGCUGCAGCAGCCACUGCAAUAUCUAGCUAGCAUAGACGCCGCUGCGGAGGAAACCAGCUGGUCGGAUGUGUCACAAGCCUUGGAUGCAGUGCGGCAGGCAGUGCUGGGCUUGGUCAACUUUCUGCAGCAGCAUGGCGUGCGAAAACCACAAGAGACCAGCUUGAUCAGCGGCCCUGCAAGCAGCACCAAUACCAAGUACAAGAUCAGCUUGUGUCGUGACCUCAACAUACGCGGCGUUUGUCCACGUGGCACCAGCUGCACCUUUGCCCACUCACAGGAGGAAGUGGAUAUGCAUCGCGCACGCAAUCGCGGCAAGCAUAUGAAAGUCGUGAUGCAGCAAGCAGUGGUUAAGAAGCCACUGGGCAAUGAACUGGCGCCGCACAACAGCGCAGCCAUGUUGCCCAUUUCUCCCAUGCACUAUAUGCCGCCGCCAGCACCAACGGCGCCACCUCGAGCUUAUGCGCCACCAGCGCAUGGUGGCGUGCAUCCGCAGCUGCUGCAUGGCCCACACGCCGCCAUGCCACGUGCCCCAACACAGCCAGUAAUGAAUGGACUGUUGGUGGCGCCACGCUUUGAGCCACGCUUCGGCUUUAAUCGCAAUGCUCCACCACUCCCGCCAGCUGGACGCAACCCACCGAACUACAACUAUCAUGCGCCGCCACCGCCGCCGCCGUACUAUGCCAACGAUGGCGCGCCGCAGAGCAAAAACAAUCUUUGGGAGCACGCAUAUAUGCCGAAGCUAGCACCGUCCAGCAAGCCAACAAACCAUCGCGUCAUGGCGCCGAUUUUACCCGCAACAGCUGAUACCUCAUUUUACGAAAAGAAACCGCCGAGUAAUGUUAAUCUAGAACUGGAGCUGGUCAAGCCGUUGCCACUCACCGAUGCCGCUUCCACUGCUGACACAUUGCCGCUCUUUCGCAACAGCAGCAACAGCCACCACAACAACAACAACACCAAUAGCCACAAUCAUAACAAUAACAACAAUAACAACAACAACACCAAUUCCCUUCUCUUUUGGAACACUUCCAACAAGGAGCUGGCCAACUUUGUGCGCUCCGACUCCAUAUUGGACGACGAUACCGCCACCUUUGAUGUGCCAACUGGCUCGAGUCUACACAGUCGCUACGGUCCCAUAUGCCCCAAGCGGUCCAGCAGCAAUCUGCAGAAUUGGCUAACAGAGCAGGCCAAGGCCAACAGCAGUUUGCCUAUAGCAGAGCUGAGCUACGCCAAGCGUGAGAGCAACAACAAUGGCAACAACAAUAUAAACAACAAUGCCAAUAAGAACUCAGCUGGACGUGAUAGCGUGUUUAUAUGGAACAGUGAUCUAAAUGCCAAUCCAGCCAGCACAGCGAGCAACUUUUGGAGCAACAGCGAAUCCGCCGCCGCGGCAGCAGCAGCAGCAGCAACAACCACAGCAGUAGUGCAGCCGACGUCCCACAACGAAAGACUGAAGCAACAGUUGGAGCGCAAGCCGCAUCCACAGCUGCUAUCCGAGGAUAGUUUUGAAGGUGGCAUCGAUAGCAGCAUGAUGAGUGAACUGGAAAAGAAAUUGGUCGACAUAGUCGAUCCGGAUGACAGUGGCAUUAAGCUAGACUAGCACCAAGCACAGGUUAAGUUAGUAAAUGAACUAGAGCCGAAAAGCAGCAGAGAGCAAGUGAGGAAGAGAAAGAGAAAGCGGAAGAGGAAGAGGAAGAGGUAGAGAGUGUGUGUUAGGAAACAUAAUGCAAUCAUUUUUAAUCAUGUCUAAACAGGACAUUUUAGAGGUUUGUACACGCCGCACAGUAAACAACAAAAUAAGAGAAACUAAAACUAAAACAACAAAUUGGGUUGGGGAAUUCACUAGCGUUUAUUAUUAUAUAAUUGUCUAUUUAAAAUUGAGAGUGUUCUGUCUAAAGCAAUGUGUUUAAUUGUUUGUUGAUUGUUCAAUGCGGCCUGCCGCAUAUCUAGCUACAGUUAUAUGUAUAUGUAUGUAUGUAUACAGUUAUACCAACCUGUUCGUGUUAUAGUUGUAAAUGUCAAACAAUGUUUUAUUUGUUUGUUUUAUGUGGGGUUUCGUUUAUAGUACUAGUAAAGCAUAUACUUGAUGUCUAAUUAGCCACGAACUUUUAGCACAACAAUAACAUAGACGUAGUUAUUUCAAAUUGCUAAUUAACAAAUUAUACUAGCGUAUGCAUAAACUAUAUACAUUAUAUGCAAUACUUCCAAUAGGUGUUGGGGUUAAGCUUGGCCCGAAAGAUAUAUAAAAAAAAGUAAAUGUAAACUUCAGGAAUUAACAAAAAAUGCAACGUCCUUUAGCUAGUUAUAUUAAAAAGAGAGCGUAAGAAAGAAAGAAAGAAGAGAGUGUGUUAAGCGAAAUCUCUACAAUUUUACUAUAUACAUAUAUAGAUAUAUUAUAUAUGAAUUUAUAUGUAUGUGAAUGUUACAAACUCUGUUAAUAGCUACAUAUUUAUAUAAUUUAACUAUUAUUAUUAUUUUAAACAAAGCUAUACUAUUUUUUAUACACACACGCACACACACACACACACAUAACUAAAGUGGCCUACACACAACACUCACACACACACACAGACACACCUUUGGAGAGGGGGCUAGGGGGGGUUAUGUACGCACACAUGCGUUUUGAUAAUUUAUUAUUGUAUGUGUGUGGCUGAAUGUUUAUAUUUCUUAAAGAAAUUUUAAUAACGCUAUUAUGCGCAUGUUGUUAACUAUGUACUAUAUUAUAUAUUUAAAA